ACCGCUCGCCACCUGCGCACCUACAGGCAUCUCCUAUGGAUCGCGUCCAUCUAGUCCGACAACUCUUUCGGUGUUAAUUGUACCAUCCGUCGUUUCUUUCCACCAGCUUGGCCUUCAGUCCCACCAUAUUUUUACGUCGCGCUAUCGAUCCGCCCCUUCAAAUGCGACGUCUGUGGACUAUCCUUCUAACGCUAGAGAUCGCGGUUCAGUGGUUGCCCGUGCCAGCGUCUUUGAAGUUUGGCUCAGGUGCAGCCACAAUCGGGUAUACCAACCAGACAUGGAAGCUCGUAGUGGGCAACCGUGUUACCCUUGUUAUGCUGAUAUCGUUCUUCGAGGCGGUGUGAAGGCGACUUGCCCCUCUACGCGAGUUCUCCGAACGC